GAAGGUCAUAAAGGUGCUAUUAAUGCUUUGGAAAAAGCAAAUAUAAGAAUUCAAGAUCUAAAACAAAGGAAUAGAGAGUUAACUACGCAGCUAAAAAGUACACGUUAUGAGAAUACCAUCCUUAAAAAAAUAAUCGAAAAACAUAAUAGAUCCCACGUUGAAAUCCAAUCGAAUUUAAUAGACCAGAAUGAAUAUCUCUAUAAACAAUAUCACCUUUUUGAGGAUACCAUUUCAAUGUUAAUACACGAAACUCAACAUUCAUAUAGACCAAAUAUUGACUAUGCAGCUAAUCAAGAGGGAGUGCGCGAAGAAAUUUCAACUAUGGUACAAAAUUUAAAUUUGUUCAUCGCCAAUACUACAGUAAGAAGAAAUAAUAAUAUAUUAUUGGUAGAACCUAAUCUCUCUCGACACAAUGCUUUUUACCUUG